ACGGCUGAGCCCGCCGGGUCAGGGGACUCGAGCCCCGGUCACCGCCGGAGCGGGGCGGCGUCCCCUCCGCUGGCCCUGGCAGAGCCGCCUCUGGGGUACGGUGUCCAGUUCUGGGCUUCCCAGUACAAGAGAGAUGAGGAGCUACUGGGGAGAGUCCCGCGGAUGCCACAAAGAUGAUGACGGGCCCGGAGCAUCUCUCUUCAUGAGGAGAGACUGCGGGAGCUGGGCCUGUUCAGUCUGGAGGAGACUGUGAAGGGAUCUCAUGAAUGCAUAGAAAUACCUCAAAGGCGGAUGCCAAGAGGAUGGUGCCAGACACUUCUCAGUGGUGCUCAGUGACAGAAUGAAGAGUAAUGGCCAUAAACUAAAAGAUAAUAAGUUCCACCUCAGCUUGAGAAAGAACUUACGUUGAGGGUGACAGAGCAGUGGAACAGGCUGCUCAGGGAACUCAUGGAAUCUCCCUCUCUGGAGACAUUCAAACCCCACCUGGUCAUGUUCCUGUGUCACCUGCUGCAGGUGACUCUGCCGUGGCAGGGGUUGGACUCGAUGCUCUCCAGAGAUCCCUUCCGCCCCUGACAAUUCCGCGAUCCGCGGGCUCCCGGCCCUUGCCCAGAGGGCGAGGCAGGAACGCUCCUGCGCGGGCUCUUCUUUCCGGGGGAAGCGGCGGGGCGGACGCGGUGCCGGCGGCCAUGGAGCGGCGGGAGCAGCGGGCGGUGGCCGUGGAGCGGCUGGACGGGGUGACGCGGGAGCGCUUCCUGCGGGACAUCUACCCGCGGAGAAAGCCAGUAGUGCUGACAGGACUGGAACUGGGCACUUGCACCACCAAAUGGACAAUAGAUUACUUGAGCCAAGCUGAAGGAUCUAAAGAAGUAAAGAUUCACGUUUCUGCAGUGCCACAGAUGGAUUUCCUCAGUAAGAACUUUGUGUAUAGAACUCUGCCUUUUGAUGCAUUUGUACGAAGAGCAGCUGAAGUCAAGCACAAGGAGUACUUUCUUACUGAGGAUGAAAAGUACUAUUUGCGAUCAGUGGGUGACGAUGUUAGGAAGGAUAUUGCAGAUAUCAGGAAGCAGUUUCCUAUUUUAGCAGAAGAUGUUUGUAUUCCAGAGUAUUUUGAGAAGGAACAGUUUUUCUCUAGUGUCUUCCGCAUCAGCUCAGCUGGAUUACAGUUGUGGACACAUUAUGAUGUAAUGGACAACUUCUUGAUCCAAGUCACAGGGAGAAAACGAGUUGUUUUGUACAGUCCUCGAGAUGCACCAUAUUUAUAUUUAUCAGGUACUAAAUCAGAGGUGCUGGAUGUGGAUAACCCAGACGUGGAGAAGUAUCCCCUUUUUGUGAAAGCCAAGCGCUAUCAAUGUGUUUUGGAAGCAGGAGAUGUGUUAUUUAUUCCAGCUUUAUGGUUCCAUAAUGUAAUUUCUGAGGAAUUUGGAGUGGCACUGAAUGUCUUUUGGAAGCACCUUCCUGCUGAGUCCUAUGAUAAGACUGACACUUAUGGAAAUAAGGAUCCCAUGGCAGCCUCUAGAGCUAUACAGAUCUUGGACAGAGCCUUGAAAACACUUGAAGAACUACCUGAGGAAUAUAGGGAUUUUUAUGCUCGGAGAAUGGUGUUACGUAUCCAAGAAAAGGCCUAUAGGAAUGAUUAUGGAUAAAGUAACACACUGCAAUUCAGCAAGGUCCCUUGCAAGUAGAAAAUUGUAUGUUAGUAUGGAAACUGUCCAUCUGUACUUACACAUACACUUUCUGUGAGACCAAUAAAAACUGUCAAUAAACAUUAAUCUAUAACAAAGUUCCUCUUGUAGAUUUUCUUCGUAGUUUUUCAUGUGCAGUGAGGUCACAGUCUGCUUGAUCUGGAGAUGGUCUCUUUUCUAGAAUAAGACAGAUAUUUGCAGUGCCUCCACUUAUAACUGUACUUUUUUGGAAUGUUCUACUUAAAUUUUUCUGAACAAAAGUUUUGGUAUGUGGGCUGACAGCAUAUAUGCUUAGAAGUCUUUGUGAAUGCAACCUCAUUAAAUUUUAGGAAAGCCAUAGCAGUUUCUGAGGAGGUCCAAGCAAGCCAUUGGUGGUAGCUGUAAUGGUCAUGGUUUCUUCUUAAGUGAUAACCUGGCAAUUAGUGUAGGGAGUUUCUUCUCCCCCUUGUAGUGAGACAGAGUGGGAAUAGGAAAAAAAAGCAAAAACUAACUAUGCCAGAUUACACUUAGAAUUGUGCAGCAGCUUGAGUGCAAUGUAAAUGAUUUACCCAUUUCCUAACUCAGUAAUGUGUUACUGGGGGGAAUAUGUUUGUCACUGCCCCAGUGCUGUCAGCAUUGCUGUUCCUGCAGCUGUUAAACACUUGGCACUAAUGUGCCCACAAAUCCAUUCAGAUACAAUCCUGUUAUCUGCAGUGGAGUUCAGUUGUGGAGUAGACACAGAACCUGUUGAGGCUGUUUUGUUACCAUAUGAAAGGGAGUUUGCAUAGCACCUUUUGGGAUGGAGCCUGUUGUUUAGGCAUUGAAGAAGGUUACUUUUUCAGCAGAUUGUGGUGCUCACAAAAGCCCUGUGAAAUAAAGGUGAGGAUCUGACAAAAAGGAUAGGCUAGGCAUUGUCUCUUUGAAAUGCCUCUGAUGUUAUUACUUGUGCUGUUUGGGGAAUGCAGCAUUUAUCUGACUUAGGUCACUCUGUUACUUCUAGCAAUGUUUUUUGAGAAUUGUAACUUGUCAAAAACUCUUAGACAAAAUAAAUGUGUAGUGUUAAAAAAGUGAUGGGAAAAAAGCUUUCUUCCGAAGAGCAGGAGCUUGAACACUGUGCAGAUUAUUCUUCUAAACCUGUUCUUCUUGGCAGUUGAACACAGUGAAAAUAGUCUGGUACCAAGUGAAUGGGCACCCAGCCAUCUCAAUGAAUAAGCAUGAAUGGAACCAGCCAAGCGAUUCUGACGGGCAUCAUUGUACGUUCUGAGGGUAGAAUUUAAAUUUGGCAUCACAAAUAGGUCUCCCAAAAUUUUUGUUCAGAAAGGAAACAAGGAUUGCUUGUGCAUACUGCUGAGACAGAAUCUCUCUGCUUGUUAGGCUGGGGUAACCUCUUGGCUUUGUUGGACUGGUAAUGUCAAGGGCCCAGUCUGAAUUGCAGAGGUGAACAGAGCAUAUUCUUUGUGUGUUAGGACUGAAUUGAGAGGUUCAGAGAGCCUGCAGGGCUCAACAAAGCUGUGUUCUAGCAUUGUGCCUGCACUAGCAGUGUGCCAUCACUUUAACUGCCAGCAGCUUCUCAAGAUACUGGUACAGAGAAUUACUGUGCUGAUGUCUCCUGCCAUUCCUUGGGUCUCCAUUCACAAAAGGGAGGUGUCAGAUUGGUAUUCUCUGGUUCCCUCAACACUCAAGUGUAAAUUUUAUCUUCAUGCUCCCAACUUUAAAAUGAAGCCUUUAUUUCACUUUGAAAGAGUUUCUUCAAUUUAUUUAGUAACUUCUCUAAAACUGUUGUUCUGAAAUGCUAUAAAAGAAGAAUACAAGCAUUUAAAAAUGUAUUUUCUUAAUUUGAGUAUAAUCUGACUAGGGAUAAAAAUCUGGAAGUUACUGUGUUUAAAAAAAAGUUACUUAGUGCUUUGUAACCACUGUGCACCAUGGUGUGAAACAGGCAAUAAAGUGAUGAAUGAAUGGUGAAAGCAUUAAAGGAGUAACUUUCAGAUAACACAGUGAGAGAUUACAAGUAGACACACUUAGAAAUCCAUGACUGAAAUCACACAAAGAAUUAGAGCCACUGACAUUUUAUGGACGUUUGUCUGUUAGAGAUCCUGCCACAAUAAAACAGUUGAAGUUGUGUUAACAGGUAUUAGAAAAAUAAACACUGACCAUCUUAAGCAUUCGAAGCAGCCACUUCAAACAGUGUAUUUGUAGGAGUUGGGUAAUGCAGACUGCCCAGGACUGAAAGAUGAGUUGGCAGUUACAUAAAGACAAUGUCUGAAAUCAGAAGUUUAAACUUGGCUUACCUCAAACCUUGAAUUACUCUAAAAAUUUGGUGACUGAGGCAUUUAAAAUGGAAAUUCAUUGCAAGUCAACACCUGGAAAGAAUUAUUUAUUCUUAGCCAUAUGAAAUAUAAAGAAUGACAAAUUAUUUCAGGUUUCAUUUUUUUAAAAUGUGCUUGCUGUGGAAACAUUCAAAUGAAAAAAUUGAUGUAAAAAUAUUUUUCUUGUAAAAAAAUUAAACAUAUCGUUAAAAAUCUGCCUGUUGUGUUUGUGCUUAGAAUUUUAUGUACUUAGAACAUGUUCCUCUCCAGUAGCUACACAGGGUCUAGGUAAAGUGUCAAGUUAAAUGCCUAAUGAGAAAGAGUUUGACUUAAUUACAAAGGAUCAGAAAUACAUCUGUAUUUUUUUUUUAAAUAUGCAGGAUGAAACUAUUUGUCUCAUUCACACUGUUGGUUUCACAAGACUGACUUGACUAAGAUGAGAAUGAUUUUACCACAGUAGAGGUGGUAUUACAUAUGAUGUGAUCCCAAUAUGCAUUACUUCACAUCUUCAGAGAAAUUCCUGUAUACCCUUGACUCUUUCUUCCUCUCACCAAAAUGUAUCUUCCCAAACCUGGUAUCUUCCUGCAAAUGAUACAGGUGUCGAAGGUAUACAUUCUGAGACAGUAGCUUUUACAAGGGAUUCUCUAAGUUGGUAUCACUGAAUAAGCAAAGAUUCUGGUGUUAUUUGAAGGUCAGAUGAAGUUUGACAUUUCCAUAGUUACCCAAGUUUGCAGUAAAGCUGUACAUUAAGAUCUCCUAUUUUACUUUGGGUUAGACUCUACAGUAGGGAUAGAAUCUGAGCUCUGAAUGUAGGAAUUUCUGGGAGCAACAAUCUCACCUAAGUGGUGAUUCCUGAGAGCAACAAGAGCAGAUGACUGUUUCCAACUGUUCAGGUCUGUUCCUUGUUGCAGAUUGAAGCCAUUAAAAGAACUGCUCAACCAUGUCAAACAUGCAGCUCCACGUGCAGUGCCAUGUUCAUACAAGAAUGCUCAGAAGCUGUUGCUUGCAGUAAUAACACAGAUCAUAGCAGUGGACAAUUUC